AUGAAAACCCUGAAAGGAAACAUGCCAAGGUGUGCCUGGUGUGGAGAUACAUGGCAAAAUUGCUACGAUCCCACAUUUGUGCCGGGAGAGCGAGGCCCUUCCACUCCCAGAGCGUAUCAAGAUCGACCUGCUGCUUCGCCUUGGAAUGCGCACCAGCAUCAGUCGAACUACACGCAGUGGGAACCGGACUAUGGUGGUGGACAGCAACAAAGUCUCAGACCCAAGUCCAGACGUCGUCAUGGACGAGGACGCGGCCAUGCUGUACCACAUCAAGCUCCAGCCUAUGUGCCACCUCCUGUUCCACCACCUGUGCCAGCCAAGGGCAAUGGGAAGCAUGCUCAUCAUGGAGGGCAUCCACAAAAUCAGAUGUUAGCCCCUCCGCCGCCUCCGCCUGCCUUUUUGGCACCGGGACACCCAGGAUCAGCCACUCAGUAUGUUCAAUCAGUGACGCCUCAAGAGACUGUCACGACAGAUGGCAAUGGACUUGCGCCAGUCAUUGCGGCGCCAACCGACGCCGAAGUGCGGCUCAAGUCAUUGAUGAGAGAAUUGCGCAAAGCGCCAGAAGAGAAGUUGACACCCGCUAUCCAGGAGGAGAUGAAGAAGAAUACCAUCCGGGAGGAAAACAUGGAUGCAAAAGGUCUUCAUCGGGCAGUCAACGACGUCAAGAAGGCCCGGAGAGCAGUGUCUGCGGCAGUCUCUGCGCGUGCCAAGCUCAUGACGGAUUGGAAAACUUUCCUGCAGCAAAGCGUGGUUACCUGGAAGGAGUACACGCUGAUGUUCCAGACGCAGGAGAAAACCUUGCACGACAACCUAGUCGCUGCGCAAGAAGGACUUGUCCAGGCCAAGAAGAACUUCGAGGAACAAUCCGAGGCUCUUCGAGAAUCUGGUAUUCAAGACAUUUCGGACGAGGAGAAGGACGCUGCGAAUGCAGACGACCUCAUGGAGUACGAGACCACCAAAAGGAUCCACGAAGGGCUUUCCACAGUGGUCAGCAGCCUGCAGGAACUCUCCGAAAGAGCAGAGGUGGAGGAGCAGCAAGCCAAGCGUCAGAGGCGAGCUGCGGAGGCCCCAGAAGAAGAAGAAGCUGGCGAGCCUCACUCAGCAUCUGCACUUCCAUCUAUGCAGCCUUUUGGACGGCCCGGCAGCCUAUUGCUUCUCCACAUCAAUUACGAGCUGAGUUACCUCCGCAUGCAUGGCUUGCGAGAACGGACCAGCCCAUUGCAGCACGCACUGUUUUACCACACCAACAUCAUGCCAUUGAUGCUCCUGGUGAUGAUGCCGCAGAUGCGUGAACUCCGGCAUCUUGCAUUGGCUGAUAUUGAAAUACAUGCCAAUACCCAUGAAGCUCAUUACUUCACUGCUCCCGUCGUUGACAGAGCUGUCUAUGCCUUUCCACGGUUUGCAGAUCGACGAAGCAUUUUCAUGACUGUUGACGUUGCCACCUAUUGCCGGGAAGAACGACAUCGUUGUCUCCUGCGCCACAAUGAUCACAACAUUGUCACAUUGGGCAAUCCUCUUGUGCGAGUUCAGCCAGGUGACUACUUGAAGAUUACCGUUCCUCCACCAGAGGCUUGUGGUUGGAGUACACAACGCAUGUUGCAAUUUUAUCGUCUUCAAGAUGACCAUUUUAUGGAUUCGUCCUCCGACGUGUCGCACAACUCUGGAUAUUCACCCAGUCUUGUCCCAUCCGAAGAGUUGCGCAGACAACUUGGACUUGCUCAAGACGAUGAACAGGCGAUGUUGCAAACAGCACUUUCUGAGACUCCCUGGAUUUCUCAGGGACUACGCCGGGAUGUCAAACAUGUGAUCCCUCGACAGUGUAGUUUUACAGAAGAGUUUCUUCGUGCUGUUCAACUCAUGCAGGAAGCCGCUGAUGAUGUACCUGAUCCUAUUCAAGACGCGCUUGAUGUGCGGAACUUUGCGCCAUGGGUUCAAGUACUACUUGAUGCUUGGCACGCUGACGCAUUUGCAGGCCCACAUGGUACCAACCAUCGUGCCAAGAUCGAAACGUGGUUCACAGAUCACUGGAACUAUCAACGAUGUUACAAUUCGCGGCCAGCCUUCCUCGCUGACAACUUCCAUCAGUGGGAGCAGCAGCUCCGGCAGGUUUGGCAAGAUCGAAUUUUGAUCGGAGCUCCACUUGAAUUUCACUUGAUCCAUCCUGCACCAGAGGAUAGUGAUAUCAAUGUUGUCGGGCAUUUGAUAUUGGUUCAGCGCCCAGUUCCCUUCCAACGCUCAAUCAUCGUCUCAGUGCAUGACAACGACUACGACCAAGGACGGGCACACUCUAUGGCCAUUGUAUCCGGCGAUCUUGUUGAUUUGCCGUCCAUUCAAACUUUCCUUGAAGCCAAUGAUGAUUGUCCCCCAGAGGUUUUGUUCAAUGUCUGUGAUUUAUGGAUCGAUGAUCGCCAACUGGGGCCUCGUGAACAAGUUCAAGUUCGCCAUGGCCAAACUGUGAGCUUUCGCAUUCAACGACGAGACGUUGCUGGCACGCACCAUGGAGUUGGACUGCAAGCACUUUCAGAUGUCGGACUUGAUGCACUGCCUUCAUCUGGACAGAUCGUCGAGCUCCUUUCCGCAAUUCCUUCAGGAAGUGAUUUUGAUUGGGCGCGACACCUCGCAAGCCACUUCCGUCAGGAAGCUAUGACUGAACGUGCUGACGAGGGUCCCAUUGCGUAUUUGCAGACUUGGCAUCUUGAUGGACAACGAGCACAACGCUGCUUUGAACCUCGCACUAUUCGAGUGCGAUCUGAUGUUUCAGCGUGGAGACCCACUAUUCUACAUGCCUGGCGAGACCUCAUUGAUAUUCGCAUGCAUACUGACAUCUUUUGGGUUCGUCCAGUGCCACCUCGUUCUUCACUUCAAUCCUUCAUUGGACAUCUUUUGGUGAUUCAGGAGCGGCAACCAGGCAUGACAGGUAUCUUACUUUCCGCAACUGCAGUUGCUCCCACCCAUCGAGAGGUUCAACAUGUUGCGAUUUUAAGCUGGCCUGCCGUCACCGUCAAUGACAUCAUCGACUUUGAUUCCAUUGAUAUCGAGCCUGAAGCAGUUGAUCUCCUACAACGUCGCCUUCGCAUCACUCAGGCGGCGUACCUUGCAGUUGCAGAUCCUCUUUCAGACCAACAUGUUGAUGCAGUUUGCCAUGAUCCUUACAGUUCUACGACCAGACAACCAAUUGAUCUUGCAGCAGCCAUUCCCGAACCAAUUUGGACUCGCAUUGACUGUGCCAAAGCUGUGUUUCUACGACAGCAACUUCUCAGCUCUUUUCCGCCUUCACCAAGUUUUGAUUUGACUGAUGUUCGGUGCUCUGCAGUCUCUACAGAAGCUCUUUGCCCUACGCCACCAUGGACGAUCGAGCACCCCAUUGGUUUUGAUUUCUAUACUGAUGGCUCCUUUCUGCGGCAACGGCAAUGUGCGGCUUCAGGUGUCGUCCUUAUUGUGCACACGCAUGAUGGACAGCGCUUUGGCGGAUUUCAAACCUCGGGGUGUUGGAAUGAACCCUCCGCCCCUCGAGCUGAAGCUUCUGCUUUGAGUCUUGCACUACACUGGGCAAUUUCACUUGCUGCUCAAUUCGAAUACACCAAUGUGCAGAUGCGAUUUUGCUUUGAUAGUUUAUUUGCCGGUCGGGCUGCUCAAGGGCUCUGUCAUUCUGACAACAACCAGGACUUGACUAUUGUCCUUCGGGCUUUGGCAUUGUGGCUUGAGCAAAUCUCUACCAAGACACUGCAGUGGACCCAUAUCAAAGGACACUCUGAUGAUCCUUGGAACGAUCUUGUUGACGCUGUGGCUCGCCAGGCUGCAUUGUCCAAGACUUUCACAUAUGACUUACAUGCGUGUUUGGCAAUGUGCACUUUUGAUUUGUCCGACUUUGUCACCGUACAGUGGAUUUGGCUCGUCGAACUCUCCAUGCGUGGUCAUCCCGACGCACCGGUUCUACAUGGGACAUAUUGGAAGUUCAAUUCCGCAGCUGCCACUCAUUCCAAAGCAGAAGCUCAUGUACAUCCCUUGAUUGUCCAACAGAGUGCACGAUCACUUCAGAUUACCACUGAACACCUUCGAAUCGUACAUGGUGACUCCAGACGUCUCAUUGUACAGUUACGGCAUCCUCGUAUCAAACUGUUGCUCAUUGCUCUCCAUGCACCAUGCCAAGAUGAUGAAGUAGCAAUGCAAUCGUGGUGGACUGACACAUCAAGCUGCAUUCCAUCCGGCUAUUCUUCCUGGAGUUGGAUCAUGAUGGGUGAUACGAAUGGUCGCCUCGGAUCAGUUACUUCUAGAGCAAUUGGAGAUUAUGGCGCUGAAGUUGAAAACAUGCGUGGAUCCCUUUUCCAUGACUGGCUGCUUCGGCACAAUUUAUGGCUUCCUCAGACAUUUGAAUACACGCAUUCUGGCGAGCAUGCCACCUGGCACCACCCUUCUCAUGGUCAUGGGCGCAUUGAUUUCAUUGGCCUUUCCUCUGACAUUGACAUGCACGAGACGGCCACGUGGAUUCAUGUAGAGGUUGAUCUUUCCACAGCACGCGCCGACCAUGCGUGUGUGUGUGCUGAGGUUCGGCUGCGGUUAGACCAUAAAGCCCCACCUGCACCUGAAGUUGUUCCAGCAGUGAGCGUGAACACGCCAACAUGGCACCAUGAUGUUCACACACAUGCCGCUCUAUUACAGCGACAACUUCAAAUUCAGGCUUCACCACAUCAGCAGCCCAUCAUUCGCAAGAAGCACCUUUCACAUGACACCAUUUUCCUUAUCAAGCGCAAGAAAUUUGCUCGACGUCGUUUGCUUGCGGCUCAACGUGCACAGCGUCGGGACAUACUGCUACACGUUUUCUGCGCUUGGAAGUGUCCUGAUGCUCCACCGCCUGGUGAGACUAUUUCUUCAGGUGCUAUUUUACGUGAAGUUGCGGUCUCAGCAGAGCAGUACAGGAAGCUUUCCAUCAGGGUAUCCUUUUGUGUACGCGAUGACGACCGCCAUUUCUUUGAGGAGCUUGCUGAAGAAACAGGUCGAGUUGCGGAAAGAGGUUUCCACCGCAUCUGGGACGCCAUCAAACCCAUGCUUCCCAAGUGGCGCAAUCGGCGCAAACACAAUAUGCGCUGUGCAGGACCCACUCCUGACCAGCAGAUUCGACAUUAUUGUGCCUUAGAAGCGGGCGAUGAGGUUGACUACCACGACUUGCUUUCAACUCGCCAAGAAUUUCAACAAGUACGAAGUGCAGACAUUCCGAUCCUUCUCCAGCUUGAGCAACUGCCGAGUCGAAUCGAUGUUGAGCAACGACUGCAACAACUGACGGCCCAUCGUGCGCCCGGACCUGACAAGCUUACUCCCACCUUUUUACGAGCCCAUGGUCCACAGAUUGCAGAACCUCUUUCGCAGCUUGCCAUCAAAAUGUGGAUUACAGGCAACGAACCUCUCCAAUUUAAAGGCGGCAUGCUGCACUCGAUCAUGAAGAAGUCUUUCUGCACCAAGGUUGAAGGCAUGCGUGGCAUCAUGCUCAUGGAUGUGCUGGGAAAGGUCUUGCAUGCCAUUUUGCGACAGCGGUUCUUACCCACCAUGACUCAAUGGAGACAUCCCUUGCAGCUUGGUGG